AUGGCAACCUGCUUCAGUAUUCUUGCCUGGAACAAAACUCCAUGGACAGAGGAACCUGGUGGGCUACAGUCCAUGGGGUUGCAAAGUGGGCCCCAACUGAGCACACACACACUGUGUACUUUCAGUUCAGUUCAGUCACUCAGUCAUAUCCGAGUCUCUGCGACCCCAUGGACUGCAGCACACCAGGCUUCCCUGUCCAUCACCAACUCCCAGAGCUUGCUCAAACUCAUGUCCAUCAAGUCAGGAUGCCAUCCAGCCAUCUCAUCCUCUGUCAUCCCCUUCUCCUUCCUCCAAUCUUUCCCAGCAUCAGGAUCUUUUCCAGUGAGUCAGUUCUUCACACCAGGUGGCCAAAGUAUUGGAGCUUCAGCAUCAGUCCUUCCAAUUUAUCUAAUUUCCCCACCUGAAUUCUUUCCCCAUCCCCAGCAAAUAAUGUUCAGAUCCUUUGACCUGAGUCUGUUGUCUCACUCAGCAUACUGGGAAAUUGACAAUAAAUCCUAG